AUGGCGGUGCCUCGUUCCUGGUAUAGCCAACCAGUUGGUGCUGGUCACCGCGAAGACCCCAGAUUGGUGCCGUUGCCGCACGACGUCGAACACCAACCGGCUGCAAGUCAACUAGCUGGAGGGUCGUAUGUUGAUGCGCAGCAAGCCCAGCAAGAAGAUGUGGACAUGGGGUCAGACCAGCAGUACGUUUUCCACGCUCCGGUGAUACUUCAAGCGCCAAACUUCAGCGGGUCAACUAAGCAAGAACGUCGUGCGUUUAUGCGGGCAUACCAGAAGUACGUAGCCCAAAUCAACGCGCUGCAAACGUCGGGAACAAGACCGUUUGCUAUGCCGUUAUCGGCGUGUAUGGACCGCUUCACCAAACGGCGCGUGGCUCUCUGGGACUUCGGUCGUCCCUACGACGAGAUCUGGGAAAACGACUGGAUCAGAUGGAGCAACGGUGCUUUUCAAGAGGAGCCGCGUGACUUGGAAACGAUGAAGAGACGGCUUGAGUCGGCUAUCAGGUUUGACGUCAAGAUCCUCGACGCUGAGUCGCGUGUGGGCAAGAUGCUUGAUGGGUUAAUGCUAGCACUGGAAUGUGACAACCAAGAGUGGGCGUUGUAUGAUGAGGGCAAGGAUGUGGGUGACCUGAUGGUCAAGGCAGUCAAGCCCUCGAUGCUGCAGACAGCUGUGAAGAAGCAGAUGCAGCUACAACGGAACAAGUCUUUACGGACGGAUGUUUUCCGUUUUGUGCGCUGGCUGCGGACGUUCGCAGUCGGCUACCAAGUGUACGGCGGCGUGGAAGACGAAAUGAAACCCGUCAAACCGACGCUGAACAGCGGCGAACUCCACAGGUCGUAG